UUUGCUUGUUUUUUUAGGGUUUUUUAUUUUCUCCCUCCUUUAACGGAGGCACUGGGGAUUGAACCCAGGACCCCAUGUGCACAGAGCAUGUGCUCUACACUGAGCUAUAUUCCCCACCUCCCUGCUUGUUUUUUAAAGGGAAACUUUUUCUACUUUAAUAUUUCUUCCUCAGGACCCAGACUCACAAUCCCUCCUACUCAUGUCAGAUACGAGUGCUCUCAGCCAUUUGCUAAGAAGACAGCAUAGCGCUGGUCUGUCUUGAUUACAAGAUUAAGGGGAGCUGGACCAUGCACGUGUCCCAAAGGCUUUCCCUCCAGUACGAGAGAGCUCACAGUUGAGCCCUUGGUUGGGGCCAGCCCGUCCAGGUUUUAGCGUUAAGAAGACAUAAUGUGUAGCUCUGGACUUCUAGAGCAAACUGAAAAUGCCAGCUAGUUCCCACCGCCACACUCCCGGGAGUCAGUGACUGACACCAUCUUCAGAGCUGAGCAGAGACCCUGACGGGGGAACCAGCCUUUGAGAGCCACGGGCCAUGCAUGCAAUGGGGCUUCAACUGAAGCGAUUUGGGAUCUCCCGGCUCCGGUGCAGACAUGGCCAAGUCGAAGAACCACACCGCAUACAACCAGUCCUGAAAACGCCACAGAAAAGGCAUCAAAAAACCCCGAUCACAACGAUAGGAAUCUCUUAAGUGGGUGGACCCCAAGUUCCUGAGGAACAUGAGCUUUGCCAAGAAGCACAACAAGAAGGGCCUGAAGAAGAUGCAGGCCAACAACGCCAAGGCCACGAGCACACGUGCUGAGGCCGUUAAGGCUCUCGGAAAGCCCAAGGAGGUCAAGCCCAAGCUCCUACAGGGCAGCAGCCACAAGCUCAGUCGACUUGCCUGCACUGCUCACCCCAAGCUAGGGAAACGUGCUCGUGCCCGCAUCGCCAAGGGUCUCAGGCUCUGUCGGCCAAAGGCCGAGGACGAGGCUCAGACCAAGGCCACAGCUUCAGCUGCAGCUGCAGCUCAGGCUCAGGCUCCCAAAGGCGCCCAGGCCCCUACAAAAGCUCCAGAGUAGAGGCUUUCAUCUGUUGAUUUGAGGAUAUAAGGACUAGUGUGACCCCUGGGCUGCUGUCUGCAUGGGGCUCAUGUCUACCUGUGCUGUUUGUACAAACAAACCUGAGGCAGGAUCAAAAAAAAAAAAAAAAAAGAAAGAAAGAGAAAGUGUCAACUGCCUGCCAUCUAUUAAAACACUGAAUUUGUAAUUAAAAAUCUUCCUAGGCCCAGAUGGCUUCACUGGUGAAUGCUAACAAGCUUUCAAGAAAAAAAUAACAGGAAAUCUAUAAAAACUCUUUGGAGGAGGAGGAAAGAACCCUUCCUAACUGAUUUUAAGGCCAGCAUUACCCAGAUGUGAUAGCAAUUAAGAAAACUGCAAAUAAAAAUAAUAAAAAUCCCUCGUGAACACUGCUGUAAAACUCUUUAACAAAAUAUUAGCAAAUAGAAUCCCAGUUUUUAACAAAAAACUUAAGUGGUACAAUAUGCCCAAGUAAGGUUUAUCCUUGGAAUUCCAGGUUAAUCUAACAUUCAAAAAUCAAUGUAAUUUGCCUUAUAAAUAAAAUAAGGAAGAAAAACCAUACAAUUAUCUCAAUAGAGGUAGAAAUUGCAUUUGACAAAAUUUAACAUCCGUUUGUGAUAAAAACUCUCAGGAAGCAAGACAGAAAAGAAAUGUUUUUCAACCUGAUAAAGGGCAUCCACAAUAAAAUCUGCAGCUAUUAUAACAUUUAAUGGCAAACAACUGAGUACUUUCUCCUUAAGAUCAGGAAUAGGGCAGGGGCAUCUACUUUCAUCACUUCUAUUCAAUAUUAUACUGGAGAUCCUAGUCAAUGUGAAAAAUAAUAUUUAAAAGUAACAAACAAAACCUUCUUUGAAAAUGACAUGAUUAUGUACAAAUCAGAUCCUAAGAAAUCUACAAAAAACAAAAAAGCUGCUAGAACUAAUAAUGAAUUUAGCAGGAUAUAAAGUCGAUAUACAAAAAUAAAUUGUAUACAAAGCAUAAAAUAAGAGCAAUUUUGAGCAGUAACAAAUAGAGAGGGAGUUGAAGAGCUAUAAAAAUAAACCAUAUCUUGUAUGUAUACUCAGAUACUAUGAGUCAGAUUAGUGUGGUGUUUGUCAUUUAUUUAAUAAUCAUGCUUACUCAGUUUACUUUAUUGAAAUGAACAACUUAAUAAACAGCUGUCAAGUUAUAAAAAGACAAGGUUUUUCUUGAUUAGGUACCAGAUUUAGACCUAGCAAUGGAACACUUUGCAAAUAAAGCCACAAUAACCAAUUAGGGAAUUCUUGGGAAAAGUAUGUAUAAUCUGGGGGCUGGCAGUGUGCAACUUCCUGAAAAACAUCCAAAAUGCAGAAGAUAACAAAAAUCUGGUUAAUUAUUCCUGAUUUGAUAGUGCUACUCUUCUCACUUAGAGAAGUUUUGGAACAGAUCACAAAGUUCCAAAAUUAGGUCUAGCUCAGAUUUACAGAUUUAAAACACUGAUAGGAUUUCCUUAAGAUGUCAAAAAUCAAAUAGUUAAAUAGCUUAUUUAAUGUCCAAGUAAAAUUCACAUUAUGCUGGUAUUUACUGUAACAAUGUGAUUAUUUGCAU